UCUCUCUAAAUAUGUUUAGAAGCCUAAUUUUUUCUGUUAAUUACCGUAUCACUUCUACAUCAGAUAUCUUCCCAUAAUUUGCAAGGCGUUUUUGGUGAAUUUGGAUUCGUUCGAACUUACGAAUUAUUUGAUAAUGAAGCAAUAAAUGCAUCGAUAAAUUCCCAUUCAUUGGAUAAAAGCAAAAAACAAUGCACAAAAAAGGGGAAAAAUUUUGAACUUGGGCUUUUGCACAUGCAGUCAUGAGAUCCGUGCUCGUUUUCUUCAUGAAUGAUCUCUUCACUUUAUUAUUAGUAGUAUUCACUUCUCGACGCAGUGACUGAGUGAGGUUGUGGAAAAAGAAAAUGGCAGGAGGAGGGUGGAGCGUGGGUUUCUUGCUGCUAGUUUGCGCCGUAGUUUUGGUGAGAUCGGAUCACACGUUCAAGGCUGGAGAUCCUGUGCCGCUUUAUGCAAAUAAGGUCGGGCCGUUUCAUAAUCCUAGUGAAACAUACCGCUACUUUGAUCUUCCUUUCUGUUUCCCAGCUCAUAUGAAAGAGAAAAAGGAAGCUCUUGGGGAAGUUCUGAAUGGAGAUAGGCUUGUCAGUGCCCCAUAUACACUGGAUUUUUUGCAGGACAAAAGCUCUGAAGUUGUUUGCAACAAGAAAUUAGAUAAGAAUGAAGUUGCACAAUUUCGAAGUGCAGUCGCGAAAGACUACUAUUUCCAGAUGUACUUUGAUGAUUUGCCAAUCUGGGGUUUCUUGGGCAAAGUUGAGAAAGAAGAAAAAUCUGACCCCAGCGAGUACAAAUAUUACCUAUUUAAGCACCUUCAUUUCGAGAUCUUUUAUAAUAAGGAUCGUGUCAUUGAGAUUAAUGCUCGAACUGACCCUAAUGCCCUUGUAGAUGUGACUGAAGAUAAGGAAAUUAAUGUUGAAUUCAUGUACUCUGUGAAAUGGAAAGAAACUAACACUCCUUUUGAGAAAAGAAUGGAGAAGUACUCACAGUCUUCUUCACUACCCCAUCACUUGGAAAUCCACUGGUUUUCAAUUAUCAACUCCUGCGUUACGGUUCUUCUCCUGACUGGUUUUCUGGCUACUAUUCUUUUGCGGGUCCUUAAGAAUGAUUUUGUUAAGUAUGCUCAUGAUGAAGAGAUAGCUGAUGACCAAGAAGAAACUGGUUGGAAGUACAUUCAUGGAGACGUAUUCAGGUACCCGAAGCACAAAUCUUUAUUUGCUGCAGCCCUUGGUUCAGGUACCCAGCUGUUUGCCCUCACGAUUUUCAUUUUUAUCCUUGCAUUGGUUGGUGUAUUUUAUCCAUACAACCGAGGAGCUCUAUUCACUGCACUGGUAGUCAUUUAUUCACUUACAUCUGGAAUUGCUGGAUAUGCCUCGGCCGCUUUUUACUGCCAAUUAGAAGGAACAAACUGGGUCAGAAAUUUAUUAUUGACUGGAAGCCUUUUCUGCGGACCACUAUUUCUUGCGUUCUGCUUUCUUAACACUGUUGCCAUUGCUUAUCACGCCACAGCAGCAUUACCAUUUGGCACCAUAGUCGUCAUAUUUCUUAUUUGGGCCCUUGUGACCUCACCAUUGUUACUCUUGGGAGGGAUCGCUGGAAAGAAUAGUAAGGUGGAGUUUCAUGCCCCCUGUCGCACUACAAAAUAUCCCAGGGAGGUACCAACAUUACCUUGGUAUCGUGGAACAUUGCCUCAAAUGGCAAUGGCUGGAUUCUUGCCUUUCAGUGCGAUAUAUAUCGAACUUUAUUACAUAUUUGCCAGCGUGUGGGGCCACAGAAUCUAUACAAUCUAUAGCAUCUUAUUUAUUGUGUUCAUCAUCCUCUUGAUUGUCACAGCCUUUAUUACCGUGGCAUUGACAUACUUCCAACUUGUUGCCGAAGACCAUGAAUGGUGGUGGAGGUCCUUCCUGUGUGGUGGAUCAACUGGGAUAUUCAUCUACAGCUACUGCUUGUACUACUACUAUGCACGAUCAGACAUGUCUGGUUUCAUGCAAACAUCAUUCUUCUUCGGCUAUAUGGCUUGCAUCUGCUAUGGUUUUUUUCUCAUGCUCGGGACUGUUGGAUUCCGUGCAGCGCUCCUCUUUGUCCGACAUAUAUACCACUCAAUUAAGUGCGAGUAAAGUCAAUUAGCUCUUGUUCUUCGAUAUACUUUAUGAGUAUGUGAUGACAAUUUACAAAGAAAAAAUUAGAGCAGUACCUCAAAGGGGAGACAGUAUUAUCUCCAGAGCACCAGUGAGAACACUUUUAUUUUUUCUUCAUAUUUUUUCUUCAUAUUGCUAUUUUAGGUUCAGAGUUUACUGAAUUUUGGUUCUAUGAAUCUGAAUAUCACAGUAGAGUUUGUACUUGAAGUUGGCCUUCGCCAAUAUCUGUAUAUAUUUCAAUUGCAGCAAGGCCUCCUCUGCUGAUUUUCUUCCA